CGAAAACAACAGGCUAUUCACCACAAGGCGACGAUCUCGAUACGAGAAUGAGCGGCUUUGCAAUUGUAAUGUAAAGUCUAGCAAUUCCAAGGGGAAAGCCCCGGACUCUAGGAGGGAGAGCACGACCUGGGCAGUCUAACGGUCGAAGAGGUCUAGGCCGACAUCGAUUCAAACAUCAAGAGCAGAGAGCGAAAGCGAUGCCGCGGAAGAAUUUUGAAGUUGAGCUGGCCGACGCGGAUCACAAACCACGUGAUUCAAUGGUUACGACGCAACAGAUAGAAAAUGCCACGCUUGCACAUCUAUAUAAUGCUCCUAGGUGCUGCAAUACUCUGAACUAUAGUGGGUUCAUUGGAGAGCAUUGGGUGUAUCCCGGCGUCAAUGGCCGUCUUUCCUCGCUGGUUGAUACUUACCGCUUAGGGGCUUGCUCAAGAAGAUCAAGCAUAUCGGCGUCUUCUACGGCAACGCAGGCAGAAAGGAUGGCAUCAUGCCAGGCAGCACAUCUGACGACAUGGUCCAUCUUCUGUCCGAGCUCGAGGAUCUGGCAACGUUCACCGUGGAGUUCACCGGAAAUGUCAAGGAACUCGAGCGUUGCCAUAAUGGGAAGAUGUCGCUGGUGUUCUUUGGCGACUUGCUCGUGCAGUUCGAGAUGGACGAGAAGGACGCGGACGCAGAUUUCACGUGGAGGCGACCAAGAGUCGUGAUCUGCAAGUCGGCACAAGACUAACACUUUGUCAAUGCACAUCCUGGUCGGAUUUGUUACAAGUGAUGAAGAUACUUCUGGUCUCAGUGAGGUGGGUCUCGGUGAGGUGGGAGUCGUGUACUCUUCUAUCGAGCAGGCUGUUCUAGUGCCGUUUAAAGGCAAGUUUUGAUUCGAAAUGACGGGAACUGUCUUGAAGUCCAGUCUUGUCAGGGUAUCCAACUAGGCCCCGAAACGCUUUG